CGUGAUUCUUCCUGAUUACCAUCUCUAGUUUCCCUCGAUAUGCCCAGAUAAAUAGAAAUUCCGGAAAAGCGAUUUUCUUUUGUUUACCGCCAUGGCUACCUACUCCAAUCAGCAUUGGCUGCUCUCCCACAUCCGCAACUCCUUUAUCUCCACGGACGACACCGGGAUGUGCGAAACGGUGAUGCUGAGUGACGAUAUGCCCAAACACUACUUGCGCAAAUUUGGCAAUCCGGGCGCUGGCGGAGACCACUACCACUGGAGGCGGACGCACAAGCCACCUCCUGCGGGUGGAGGAGCAACGCCCGAGCGGAACACCCGUCAUCCGGAUGCACCGCUCCAGGAGGUUGACUUCGUCUGCUAUCCGGGACUGGACCUCAGCGACGAUGAGGAGGACAUGUCCACGCACUCCUUCGACAUCCAGAUGUACCCGGAGGUGGGCGCCCAUCGCUUUCGCUCCAACACUGCCCAAAAGCUGGAGAAACUCGACAUCGCCAAGCGAAGGGCGGCGCGGAUUAAAAGUAUCAACUACCAGGAGGAAGUGCAGCCGCCCGAGAGGGAGGAUUUCUUUAGACGCAAGGAACUCCCGGUCCCGAAGGAAGAACUUGCGGAAAAGGACGACUUGCCGGGCGAGGGCAUACGGAGCCAGCUCACUGAGCAGCUGGCCAAGAGCCCCAAGCAAACCCAAAAUCGUUUCAUAGAGUUCGCCCGCUUCGACGGAACGUCCCAAGUGGGCAUGCAAACGAAGAGGAUCAACGUGUUUCUGAAUAUGCUUCCCGAACCGGAUCGCAACUAUCCGUUGAAGAUCUGCGUACUAGCCACUGCCAAAAUCCAGGAGGUCAUCGGCUACGUCUGCUACAAGACCUCUCUGCAAUAUCCCGAGGUUCCUUUGAAGUCCCUGCAGCAUUACGCUCUGUAUAUGACAGAAGAUAAUGAUGACUUGGAGGACUUUCCCCCGCUGGACAAUCGCGAACCCUGCUCCAAGUUCGGCUUCUCCCAUCUAACGCUAGCCGAACGCAGACCCUUGGCGCCGGUAACCCGAGUGGAUUACCACGGCCAGCUGGGCACGAAAUCCAUGACUUCCGAGGAGGACAAGGCAGCAGUGGCCGAUGCGGUGGUCAAGGCCCUGCAAAAUGUCAACCUGAAUGGAAGGACAAGUGAUCCAGGAGGAGCAGGUGGAGGAGGAGAUAGUCCACACGACAAUGUCAAGGAGUAUGAAAAGCGCCUGCUCAACCAUAAUGACAUGCUCGAGGCUCCCAUGCACCGCACUUUCCGCCUGCACAUCAUCGACAAGAAGUUCUUUAAAUCCGAUGUCACCCUGGGCAUUUCCGGCGAGAGAAUAGAGAUCGAUCAGUACAAGAACGCCAAGUUCUGGCCGCAAAAGAAACCCGUGUCCACGCCUAUAGACUUUGUGGCCCAUUGCGAGAUUGUGGAGCGUCGCCAUCUGAAGGCUUUGCUGCGGAUAUGGCUGAAGUCCAACUCAUCAUCGCCUUCCUUCACCACGGGCUGCGCUUCGGCGCCGAUCAAUGCCAGCGUCACUACCCUGAAUAUGGGAAACGCCAGCGCGGGGAUUGCUCAUUCGCCCAACAGUCCGGGUCACUCGUCCGGCUUCUUCACGAGCAGCAAUAUUCGCUUCAAGCACUACGACUUCGACACGGACACCCACACGGCGGAGCAGAUCCACAACAAGCUGAACUGCAUCCUGGACAUGCGGUCCAGCGAUCUGAGGCGCGAGUUCCUGAUGCAACGCGAGCGGAAACUGGAGAAGCGGCAGCUGAAGUUGUAGUAUUUAUUCCUAUGGCGGCGGCUGCUGCUCGUGUGCCUAGCAGGCGGGCUACUGCCACUGCCGCUGCCACGCCCCCGCCUACGUGGACGCCUCCGCCUCCUGUUCGAUAAGUUGUAUUAGUUGCUAACUAAAGAUUGUGUUACACAUGUUUGCCUAGCCCGUAAGUAUUUAUUGAACUCACCUAACUACGAAGCCUGGUCCUAAAAAUAAAAAUGCGAAAAACUCUUUAAA